AUGAAUAAUUCUCCCUACAUUGUGAAAAGAAAAUAGAGACAAGGCGAUUGGGUUUGCGCAGUUUGCAAGAAUCUGAAUUUUUCAUUCAGAAGCACAUGUAAGACUCACUUUAGUAUCAUUUUUAGGCAAUAGAUGUAAUAAACUUCCGAAUAAGGCAUCUUCAAAACAUUAAUAUAAAGGGUUUCAAACAUUGGUUCUCAUCCAUUAUGAGGAACCAAUUGAAAGUAUGGAUGAACUUCUUGAAAAUUAAAUAGAUCCAAAUGUCACAUCUAGCCUUUUAGUAUUAGGCUUAGAUCAAUUUUGAAUUUAUAUUUUUUUAUUUUUCUUUAAUAAAAUUUU